AUGGGGACUCAACAACAUAUAAUAAAAUUGUUCAGAGGAAGCCUUAAAGAUGAAUGUAUACCCAAGAAAUUGGAGUGCAUUGGUCAUGUCCAAAAACGGGUUGGCAGCAGGUUGCGCAAGUUAAAAAGUGCAAAUAAAGGUUUGAAAUUGGCUGAUGGGAAAGGACUAGGAGGCAAAGGAAGAUUGACUGAUGGAAAGAUUGAUGUUUUGCAAAACUAUUAUGGACUUGCUGUGAGGGAGAAUUUGGAUGAUGUAGACCAAAUGGCCAAAUCGAUUAAAGCAAGUUUAUACCAUGUUGCUUCGACAGAUUUAAACCCUCAACAUCAUCUUUGUCCGAAUGGCGAAGACAGUUGGUGCGGAUACAAGAGGGACGAAGAAUCGUACAAACACAAGAAUGGUAUACCUGAGUGCAUUGUCAAGAAAAUUAAACCAAUCUUUGAUGAAUUAAGCCAACCUCAAUUGCUCCAAAAAUGCACUCAUGGAAUGACACAAAAUGUCAAUGAGUGUCUAAAUGGCCUAAUUUGGGAUCGCUGUCCCAAAACCACAUAUGUGGAACAUGAAACUGUAGCUCUGUCUACAUAUUUGGCUGUCGUGAAAUUUAAUGAUGGGGACAUUUCCUUUUUAAAGAUUUUUGAAGACUUAGAUAUCAAGCCUGGUUCAUUUACUGCACAAGGUUGUCAAGAUUGUGACCAAUCACGAAUUGAGCUGUCGGCCAAAAAGAGCAAGGAAACAGUAAAAAGUAGAAGAAAAACAUUGAGGCACCUCAGGAAAAACUUUGUUGAUGAGAUAGAAGAGAAAGAACGUGUGGUUUAUGAAGCUGGGAGCUUUUAACACUUUUUAAGGUACAUUGACAUUAAAGCAAACUUUUCAAUUAAAUUUUCUUAUUUUUGCUAUUUCUCAGGUAUCAUCAAUCUUUGUGACAUUAUAAUUUUGUAAAUAUUAGCUGUAUUAGAUUGAUAUUUGGUGUGGUUACUUUCAAUAACAUUAUCUAGUGAAUAAAGCUCUUCAGAUAUUGAUAUUUUUUAUCAUUGAUGAAUUAUUUGCAAAUUGCUUCCACAAAGGCACUAAUUUAUUCAUAAAAUUAUUCAAAUAUUUAAAAUUUGGCUCAAUUUUUUUUUAAAGGAUGUUAAACAAAAUUGAAGAGCUUUAGGCACUAGUUCAUUCUCCAAGCUUUCUGAAAAUAUAUUGUUCAUUAAAUUUGGUUCAUUGGUUCCUGAGUUAUGAUGUUUCCGAUGCUUUGCAAUUAUGCGUUAAUUAGUGGCCGCCAUAUUGGAUAAUUAGUGUAAUUAAUGUUUUUCCCAAAUUUUUUUUCCAUGGGUCAAUUCUCUUUCCCUUACCCUUUCAAAAUAUGAUAUUUUUACAUUGAUCUCUUUAAAAACUAAGAAAAAAGUUGUAGUGGGGUUUGAUUACCUUACUGCACGAAAAAUUUGCGCAUAAACAAAUCUGUCACUAUGUCUCCGAACAUAACUUAAUGCUCAAGAAUCAACAUGCAUAUAGAAUCAAUCAUAGCACUGAAUCAGCACUUUUACAUCUGACUGACAGUUGCCUUGACAACAUGGAGAAUGGUAUGCUUACUGGUGCUGCUUUGUUGGACUUUUCAGCUGCUUUCGACCUGAUUGAUCAUAAUUUGCUGCUUCUGAAAUUGAAAUGUUAUAACUUUUCAGAUAAUGCGAUUAACUGGAUCAAGUCGUAUUUAAGUGGGAGAACCUCAACCGUAUAAUUAUAUCAAUGGUGCUUUUUCUAAUCCGAUCGAGAUGACUUGUGGGGUGCCACAGGGUAGUUGUCUUGGCCCACUGCUCUUCAGUUUGUUUGUUAAUGAUUUACCAACAGUCUUAACUACAGCUGAUAUCACCUUGUACGCCGAUGAUAGCACUCCGUUCCAAUCUGGACAUAACGCCAGACUCAUAUCAGAUAAACUUCAACUUGACUUAUCUAAAGUAGAAUUAUGGGUCUCGGAGAAUCGUCUGGUUCUUAAUGCUGAUAAAACAAAUAGUAUCUUUAUUGGAAGUCGGCAGAAGAUUAAAUCAGCUCCAUCGCUUAACUUAUCCAUUAAAGAUAAAAUCAUUGAACAACUUCCAUGUGUAAAACUCCUUGGCGUCCAGGUUGACGAGAACUUAAGUUGGAAACAGCAUUGUGAAGAUCUACUUAAAGAUUGUUCCAAAGCUCUUGGCUUACUGUUCAAGUUCAGCAGAUAUAUUCCAUCAAAAGUUUUAAAGAUUAUCGCUGAGGCACUCAUACUGUCAAAAUUGAACUAUUGUUGUACGGUUUGGGGAUCUGCGCAAAAUCAAGAGUCGAUUAAUAAUUUACAAAAACUUCAGAACAAGGCCGCCAGAUUGAUCCUAGGAUAUAAGGUUGAUGAAAUAUCUAGGGAAAAUCUCCAUGAUGAAAUAGGUUGGUUAACAGUGAGACAAAGGAUUCAUGUCAGAACCUUAAUGGUAUUGCAUAAUGUACUUUAUUCUGGUGAACCAAAUGCAAUUUACGUGAAUUUUAAACCAUUUGAAAUUACUCAUGAACACAAUACUAGAUUUUCGUCGAGGUGUCGAAGUGAUAAUAUGUUGUUAGAGAAACCUAUGUUAAAGAAGAAAACCUUUUUAGCUAGGGCUUUUAGGACCAGAGCUAUCCGUCUAUGGAACAAUUUAGACUAUACUAUAAAAAUCAUAUCUUCCAAAUCCAUGUUUAAGUCUGCUGUUCUUAAACAGCUAGACUGGUUCAUAUAA